CCACCUAAACACAGUGUUGGAAAUUGGAAUUUCAGGUUUAGGUUGUCAAAUCAUUGAAAAAUUGGCACCAAAUGUUCCUAAUUUUGCCUUUUUUACAGUUACCCUGAAGCAAAGAAAUGAAUAUCUGCAAAAAGAUACAAGAGGCAGUCUCCCGAAGAAAAUCACAUCCUAUAAUACAGUAUAUAAUUAACAACAAACUCAACAAGCUUAAAAAGGCACUGAAGGACAACAACAUUAAUGCAUUUUACCCCUGCACAGAGUGGAAUGACUAUAUAACCCCACUGAUUGCUGCUGUUGUAAAUCACAACAGGGAUAUUUUUGAUUUCCUUUUGGAGCAGGGUGCAGACCCAAACAUACCUUCUCAAUCUGACUUAACACCUUUGCAUUAUGUCUCACUAUACAAAGCACCACUUCUUUUUGUGGAGAAACUCCUUGAAGCAAAAGCCAGUCCAAAUGGAUGUAAUCUACACCGAUUCACACCGGUGCAAACUGCUGCCAUCAAUGACAGGGAUGAUGUCUUGAAGCUGCUCAUAUCUGCUGGUGCACUGGUAACAUUGUUACCUCUCACUGAUCCUGAACAUAUUAUUUACAAUAAAAAAAUAUCUGAGAUGAUUCAUAACCUUGCAUCAAAAGGAGAUGAAAUAUGCUCCAAAAUCAGAUAUUUCAUGGAGUUGGAAAUUGCUCUCCAAGAGAAACCACCUGAAGAAGUUUUCAAAAUAUUUGACAGUCACAUGUUGCGGGAGCACCCUCAGACUCAUCUGACCAUGAUUGAAAUGCUCUUUGAUGUAAUUGUGCCGGAUGCAGAAAUAUACCACCAGGGAAGUGUUAAUUGGGUGAAGGACAAUCUGAACCCCUACAUUGCAAGUGCAGUUUGUCGCUUUCCAAACAUCCCUGAGACAAAUGUAAUUAAGGCAAUUAAGAGUUUAUGUGCAGUUUUCCAAGCAAUGGAAGACAUACCAAAUGAGCAAGCUUUGGCUAUAAUCCCAGAACUACUGGAACAGCUUUGUUCAAAAGAGAAACUUGCUUUAUAUCGAGUUGUUCUGGAAACACUGUCGGCAAUAACACAAAAAACAAAAGGCACAGAUGACUGGGAUCCCAUCUUUAUUAAGAUGUUAUGUCAAAAAGUCCUUUUGUAGAUAUCAAGCAGUCCCAUGCCAUUAUAAAAUCCACAUUAAGCAUUUUAGCAAAGUUACUUUCAGUUGAACAUGUGGCUGACAUGUUAAAAGCACUGGAGUUAACUUCAGUACCCGAGGACAUACUGACAGAGAAUGACCAGCUGAAAGAAGAAGAAAUCAAUCAACUGAAAUCCCAUUUCAGCACUCCAAAUGUGAAAUAUGACCUGUCACCUGGAAAGAAAAAGUCAGAAAAACAAGAAGACCCAACUGAUGAAGUUUGCAAUACUGCAACUGCAGCAGCUCCUAUUGUGGAGUCAACUUCAAAUGCUAAUCCACACAAAUGGCUGCAGAUCAGCAAGAGGUGGAGGGAAAAGUUAGAGAAGCUUAUUAGCUCUAGUGAAAGUAAAGUCACCAGGGUUGGAAGCCUGAUUUAUGUGAAUAAAGAAGAAUUCCGCAUAGCAAAGAGAAGUGAUGGUACUGAAGUCUUCUUGGGGCUGAUGGGGCGGAGAUGACGGCACUGAAGUUGCUAUUAAGAGAAUGUCUAAAUGCAACUAUCAAGUGCUGAAGAAUGAAGAGGGAUUUCUGCGACUUCCAGAGCUUGAUCAUCCAUCUAUUGUACGAUACGUUGACUUUGCAGAGGAUGAGAACUUUGGAUAUCUUGCUCUUCAACUUUGCGAAUUUACGCUUGAAGAAUACAUAGAAAUAAAUUAUGAAAGUCUGCUGGCAAAUAAACUGGUCAGACUGGUCAAACUGGUCAAACUGGUUUUGAAGAGCUUAAAGGUGCUUCAUUGUGAAAAUCCUCAAAUUCUCCACAGGGAUAUUAAACCACAGAACGUUUUGAUCGAUGUUACCGGGAGGUUAAGAUUAGCUGAUUUUGGCAUUAGUAGACAAUUACUUCAAGGACAAACGACUUACCACACAAGAAGGGCAGGAACAAAAUGCUGGAUGGCCAAGGAGACUUUAGAAGGAGACGCUGACACCAUACAGGUGGAGCACUGAUAUUCAGGUGUCAGGGAUGCUGAUUUAUUACAUUCUUUCUGGAGGACACCAUCCUUUUGGCAAAAAGUCCUUUGAAUGUGAGUACAACAUUCAUAAAGGGAUUUACACUUUGGACCAUCUUCAAGACGUGGUCGCAAGGGAUCUUGUCAUGUGGAUGAUUCAGGAAGAACCAAAGAGCAGGCCUAAAGUGGAAGAAUGCUUGAGUCAUCCCUUCAUCUGGACCACUGAGAGGUACAGUCACAUUUAUCAUGUAUAAUGGCUGUAUGUGUUUCCCCGUGCUGUGUGUUCCUCUUUGGUCCUCUAGUUCUGCCCCAGGUGUGGUACAUCUGAUCACUGAAUGAUGUCCACCUGGCCUUGGACGUCGGUCUUUAAAAGCUCCUUGCGCCAGCAUCAGAGAGGCUUUUUGAGUUGGGACUGCUAGUCCUGAUGCCUCUCAGCCGGGGAUUUUGUGUUAUGAUUUUGUGUUUUUGUAUUCUUGAUUUAUCGUCUUAUUAUGUUAAUAAAUCCCAUGGAUUUGGUUGUUGUAAA